AUGUAUUCCGUCGAAGAUUGGAAAUCGUGGUGUACAGAGAAAUACCGUUGUACACGCUGUCAUAACAAUGAAAAACCGGUGGAUGAUAUGCUGAUGAAAAGGCGAGAAUUCGAAAAUGACACUGGCAGAACUUUGGGUGAAGUGGAAUUGGAAGUGUUGCGUGAAAAUGUACCUCGUCUGAUCCACUGCAUUAAAUGCUAUCAGAAAUAUCACUAUUUCAACAAUGAACCCGAAAAUACGUGGAUUCCGCUGGAAGAGGCCUUUGUGCUCGUUCAUUCAAAUGCAAUCCAACAACCCGAAAUGAGCAGUGUGGCCACCAUGAUCGAGCUUGAUUUUUACGAGCACCAAGUUUCUGAGGCAUUUGUGGAAAUGGUCGACACAAUGAGCGAAGGAAAAGAAGUGACAGUGGAUGAAAGAGAAAAAUGGGUGAAGAAAGCGAUCGAGAGGAAAAUGAUUCCGGCGCAAUUCACAUCUGAAGUUGGGUUUCAACUUGACAUUGGCCGGAUGAUGAAUAUCCUUCAUUCUCCAAUAUUCCGCGGAGUAUUGUCGAGAACCAGCGGCCAGCUUGCACUUGGCAAGAGUCAAGAAUAUCCAUCCGAGAUGGCAGUUUAUGAAUGUGCCGGUGCAUGGAAACGACUAGAGUUGUGGGGUGCUGAGUCGAGAAAGGAUGGGAUCAACUGUUCAUCAUUUGUCAUUCGAAGUAUUCAGAAACUUUUGAAUGAAGGGACAUCACAGGGUAAUGGAUUUUACAUCCACAGUGGCCCCUGGCAUUUCCCAUUUAUCGGUGAGAAACAGAAGGCUUUUGAGGAGAAAUAUAAUGUUCGAGUUGUGUUGAUUACAUACGAAGGGGAGAGGAGUACUAUCCGAUCUCUCUGUAUCUUCCAUUGCAACAAGCCCAACACGCGUCUCUUCUUGUAUUAUAAAUCGAAUCGAUACUUCGACAUUUCCAUUGGUUCUCCCUCCGAUAUCGAUAAAUACGAGCAAAUGCAGUUGGGCAUCAUCGCAAAAGAUGAGACCAGGAAAGUGACAUCGGAGAAGAUCAAUGAAUCGACGUAUAAACGGACGGUGGCACCGGAAACACAAUGGAAUAACGCGAGGGUAUGGACGGCAAACUACCGACCGACAUUUGAUGAUAUCAAUUCUCUAGACUAUUUAAAGGGUCCAUUACCAGAUAUGUCUUAUUGUCGUGAAUUCGAUGAAAUGUGC